UUCUUCAGGAACAACAACACCGCUAUUCUUUCAACCGCCUCGGUAGCUUGCUAGCUGACAUAAAACUGAAAGAUUGACGCUUUAGACCACGGUUAUGUACAUUAGCUAAUCUCAGUGUUUUAAACACAGUUCUGUUGACGUAUCUAGUGGUUAACUUAAACCUAAUUUGCUUGUUCAAUUUGCAAACUUGUUAAAGAUUGAUACUGAGCCAAGCACUAGUCUAGUCGCUAAUGCCAAUUAGCUAGCUAGCUAACAUCCCUGACCAUGAGCUCACUAAACUACUCGCCCCUUGCUAAAGAAGAGGAUGUCUGCUGGACGGAGAAAGAAGCUCUGGCGCUGAACAUUGUCGUGAAAGAAGAAGAGGAGGGUGUUACAAUGAAAGGAGAGAGAGAAGCUUUCAUAAUUAAAAAGGAGGAAGAGGGGGCUGUUAUACUGAAAGAAGAGGAAGAACAUUUUGGAGUGGAAGAGGGGAUAGAGGCUGUAACAGUGAAAGAGGAGGUAGAAGCUUUCAGAAUGAAAAAGGAGGAAGAGGAGGCUGUCACAUUGAAAGAAGAGGAGGAGGAUGUUACAGUGAAAGAACCUUCUGUAGUGAAAGAGGGAGAGGGGAUAGAGGCUGCCAGAGUGGAAGAGGAGGAUGUUUUUGGGGAAAAAGAGGAAGGACCUUUUAGAGAGGAAGACGAUGCUAUCUCAAUAAAGGUGAAGGAGGAAGACGUUUUGGGAGUGAAAGAGGAGGAGACAGAAGAUCAGAUUAACACCAGAGAGAGACAUGACUAUUAUGGAUCCUCUGGGGAGCCUCAACAACAUGCUGACGAGGAAGAGAAGAGUCUCUCCAGAUCAGAACACCAGAUGGACAACGCUAGCCCGCCCCCUUCCACCCUCCCGGAGUCCCUGUGUCAUGCCUCUCCCAGUAGCGCCUUACUGCUGGGUAUGAAGAGGUUGUCUGUGCUGCUGGUGGACUGCAGGAAAACAACGGGGCUGAGUGGAACUGUGAGAGGAGAAGAGAAGAAAGGAUCAGAUUUUACUUAUCAAAGUAAGUGCUGUAGUUUAGUUUGAACAAAUACAAUAGAUCUGUCCACUGGUAUCUGUUACCAGGAUAAUCAGCAGAGUUCUGUUAAUUCUGGGAUCGAACCUGGGUCUGUAGUGACACCUUAAACACUGCAAUGCAGUGCCUUAGAUCUCUGUGCCGCUCGGGUGGCAGCUCCUUUGUUUGGCUGACGUUGAGGGACAGGUUGUUUACCUGGCACCACGCUUGUUGUCCUCAGGGAUUCUCCACGGCAUCUGAGUCAUUAUGCUCGAAGUGGGAGAAAAUGUAUUUUAGCUCAUCCGGUAGGGUGGCGUUGGUUUCUGCGACGGGACUAGUUUUAUUUUUUUGUAUUCUGUGACCGUUAGAAGCCCCUGACACAUGUCCGACUCACUAAAUAAGUCUUCAACAUUUCUAUGACUACUAGCACAUGGUCAGACUGACUACUACCACAUGGACAGACUGACUAGUACCACAUGGACAGACUGACUAGUACCAC